CCCAUCCACCUCGCCUGAGCAGUACGCCGGCGAGCGAGAGGUUCCCAGCUCGGCCCCUUCCCGCGACGACCCGAGGGGAGGCGCCGGGCGAGUAGGGGAAAGAGAGGGCAUGGAGUUCACGGAGGCGUACAAGCAGACGGGCCCGUGCUGCUUCUCCCCCGACGCCCGCUUCCUCGCCGUCGCCGUCGACUACCGCCUCGUGGUCCGCGACGUCGUCUCCCUCAAGGUGGUACAGUUGUUUUCAUGUGUGGACAAGAUAAACUUUCUGGAGUGGGCACCCGAUUCAGAAUACAUUCUAUGUGGACUUUACAAGCGGCCAAUGGUACAGGCUUGGUCACUGAGCCAGCCUGACUGGACUUGCAAGAUUGAUGAAGGGUCUGCUGGGAUUGCUUAUGCUCGUUGGAGCCCUGACAGUCGUCAUAUACUCACUACGUCAGAGUUCCAACUUCGUUUGACUGUGUGGUCUCUUGUAAAUACCGCCUGUGUUCAUGUGCAGUGGCCAAAGCAUGCAGCCAGAGGAGUUUCUUUUACUAAGGAUGGGAAGUUUGCUGCGAUCUGCACCAGGCGGGAUUGCAAAGAUUACAUCAAUUUGCUCUCAUGUCAUUCCUGGGAGAUAAUGGGUGUAUUUGCUGUUGACACGCUAGACUUAGCAGGUGUGGAGUGGUCGCCGGAUGACAGUGCUAUUGUGGCCUGGGAUUCACUUCUUGAAUACAAGGUUCUAAUAUAUUCACCGGAUGGGAGAUGCCUGUUCAAGUACUCAGCAUAUGAAAGUGGGCUAGGUGUCAAAUCUGUUGGUUGGUCACCAUGUGGACAGUUUUUAGCAGUGGGAAGCUAUGAUCAAGCAGUGCGAACAUUGAACCAUUUGACAUGGAGAACUUUUGCUGAGUUCACUCAUGCAGCCUCGAUUCGAAGUCCCUGUAAUGCUGCUAUAUUUAAGGAAGUGGACGCCCCAUGGGAGCUCGAUAUGUCAGAGUUAUGUCUAAGUGAAGGCUUCUCUCGUAACAUGCGAGACAAUGGCACUGAAAAUGGCACAGAAGGAGGUUCUAGAGUAAAAUACGCCGUGAUGGAUGUUCCAAUCACCUUACCAUCACAGAAACCAACUAGUGACAAGCCCAACCCCAAACAAGGGAUCGGUAUGCUCUCCUGGAGCAGCGACAGCCACUAUUUCUUCACUCGGAAUGACAACAUGCCGACUGCUCUUUGGAUAUGGGACAUCUGUCGCCUCGAGCUUGCAGCUGUUCUUGUGCAGAAAGAUCCGAUCCGUGCUGCUGCCUGGGACCCUACAUGUCCACGCCUCGUCUUGUGCACGGAGAGCUCACACCUGUACAUGUGGACGCCGUCCGGUGCUUGCUGUGUCAACAUCCCCUUGCCGAAUUUCCGGAUAGUCGACUUGAAAUGGAACUCAGCUGGAAGCUGCCUUCUCCUGAAGGACCGCGAUUCUUUCUGCUGUGCUGCAAUUGUAUCUUCUCUGCCAGAGGGAGAACCUGAUGAUCAAUCCGACGAUACUUCUGAAGACGAAUGAUCUUGCUUGCCAUUGGUGAAACGACGUUGUAAAAUAGCAUUAGAUCAAUUUGAGGGCAGCAAUUGUUCUUAUCUGGUAGUAGGAGGGAAAUGGAUGAGAAUCUUUUGUUGUAUUACCAUUCUAGGCUCUGUAUCAAACAAUUGCUAUUAGAUACGUCGAAAAUGGCAAGGUACUGUAGAAAGCACAAACCAAAUGGAGAAUUCUGAUGUGUGUGUGUGUGUGUCCAUAUGCAAUUCCUUUUCUUCU